AUGGAGUGCAACACACGUGACGCGUCCUUCACGUACCGCACCGUCAACUCCGACAAGCGGGAACUUAUCGGCGGGGCCGACAUGUACAUCGCCGCCUGCAGGGCAUGCUACAUCGCGAAGGAGCGGGCAGAGGCGGAGAAGGCAGAGGAGAAGUGCAGUGCCGCAACGCAGGUAAAAGAGAGCCCCGAAAACAUCGUGAAGAAAGAGGCGCCGUGCCCCGGGUCCGCAUCGCCCGACGCUGGGAGCGCGGCGAGGGCGAUCUCACCGGGCUCCGCCGCUUCCGCACGCAAGCGGCCGGCCGACGCGGUGGCAGAUGAGGAGAAGGAGAACAGGCAGGAGAACGCCGAGGCCGGUAAUAAGCCCAACUGUGUGAAGAAACUUCGUGGCGAUUGCUGUUAG